AGCCAUAUUUGGAACAAUCAACGGCUCCACUUCAUCACACGUCACCAUCUCUUAUCUCUCCACUUUUCCUUCUAGCGCUUUCUUAUUUCUUCUCUAUGGACCCCACCAACACACACGCUCCUUUUUAUUCCUAUCCUCUCCUUCGAAACUUCUAGAAUCUCUCUAAACAAACGCUAACCUAACGCCGUCGCCGGUGGCAGUUUCUUCUUCCGACUCCGUUUCCGGGUAGAAUAUUUCAACGCAUUCCAUCUCUUUCAAGGAGAUAGUUAUGAACUAGAUACAAAAAUUAGUGUGUAAUUAGGAACAGAUCUGGAAAAGAAGUUGAUGGCGACAUUACCGGUGGAGCAAACAGGUGAAUCGGCGACGGCGGAGUCGCAGAGAUCGAUUCCGACGCCGUUUCUGACGAAAACUUAUCAACUUGUUGAUGAUUCUUCCGUUGAUGAUCUGGUAUCAUGGAAUGAAGAUGGAACAAGCUUCAUAGUUUGGAAACCUGCUGAAUUUGCUAGAGAUUUGCUUCCAAAGUAUUUCAAACACAAUAAUUUCUCCAGUUUCGUUCGUCAACUCAAUACCUAUGGAUUUCGGAAAGUUGUACCUGAUCGGUGGGAAUUUGCUAAUGAUGGAUUCCGGCGAGGCGAGAAAAAUCUGCUUCGGGAUAUACAGCGGAGAAAAAUAUUGCCGGCAGCAGGAACAGCGAUGGCGACGGCUGUAGCUGCAGCUAAUACUGUAACGGUAGCUAUGGCGGCACCGGUUAGAAUGGUGUCUCCAGCAACUUCGGGUGAUGAACAGGUGGUUUCGUCGAAUUCAUCUCCGAUUGCAGUGAACAAUGGUGCUACGGUGCAGCGUAGCACAAGUUGCACCACUGCACCGGAGUUAGUUGAAGAGAAUGAAAGACUGAAAAAAGAGAAUAUGCAACUGAGUAAUGAGUUGAGUCAGUUGAAAGGUCUUUGUAAUAAUAUACUUGCUAUGAUGAGUAAUUAUAAUUCUGGUUUCAGUAGACAGUUAGAAUCUUCUACAAGUGCUGCGACGGCGCGAGGCGUGGUUGUAACAGAAGGGAAAAUUUUGGAUCUUUUGCCUUUAAGGAAUGUUUCUUUAGCUGAGGAAAAUGUGGUGGUUAAUUUGGGUGGUGCUGCCGGUGGUUUGCCGUGUGAGACGAUGAGUUUGAUGGAACCUGAGGUUCAAGCAUCUCAGGUUCCUAAGCUAUUUGGGGUUUCAAUUGGGCUUAAACGAUGUAGGACCGAGAAUGAGGUUGAACCGGAGAGAGAGGAACGGGAACAACAUCAACAAAUGCAAGUGCAGAUGCAAACACAAUCCUCGCAGGAGACUGAUCGAGGAUCAGAUGUGAAAUCUGAACCACGCGAUGGUGACUCGGAUGAUCAAGAGCGUCGUUGGAAAUUGAUGAAAUAGUGGCAAAGGCCGUGUUUGGAAUUUGGAUUAUGUCGGGACUCCUAAAAUUUGAAACAUGACACACAUGUUUGAACAUGGCUAACAGACACUAGCAGUUGGUGUCAUUGGACAAGGGCAUGGUUUGAAAUUGAAAUUUCAUGUUGUUGUAUAAUAUUGCUUCGCAUGUUGUUCAUAAUUUAAUUUUCUUGUUGAGCAAAGCGUGUGAAAGUCAUGCUUUGCUCAAGCAAGCGUGAUGAAAUCAUGCAAAAGAAAGUCAAUAUUGUCCACAAUUUUGCUUAGAGGAUUAUCAACGCAUGCAAACUGAUUCGCUUAAUCAAUGUAAAGUUUGAUUAGUUUAAAAUAUUCGCAAAGUCGUCCUUUUUAGACAUGCUUGUGGGAUACACAUUCAGCACAUGACAGUAUUUGUUGUUAUUUUUUGUUUGUUGUGACAAUCACAAUAUUUUCUAAUUUGAUACAUGUACUAGGAUGCUUCCACCCUAUUGACCAA